AUGUUGAUCCCUGCCUUGUCGAAUUCCCCCCCGCCAACAACCUGUCUCUCAGUUGAGAGUGACGUCUGCACCGAGUGCACCUUCUUCACCUCGGGCAAUUCUUUCGUGGACUGCUUGGCGGGCAUCGGCGCCGAGAUCGGCUCAUGCGAGUACACGGAGCAGCUGGCGUGCUGCUUGAACGAGGUCUCCGGCAUCGACUGCCUGAGCGACCCGGUUACCUUCGAGUUCUUCGAGUACUUCUACGACCCGACAGAGGCAUGCGACGGGGGCUGGACGUGCAGCGGCGACAUCACCAACGGCGGCGACACGACACCAGCCCCGGCCGCCGCUUUCGGGACGGACACGCCUGUCGCAGGCCGCGGCGGCGGGGCUGAGACCACUGCGCCCGCCGCGCCGACUGCUACUACGACUUCCGCCGGCGUAGAUGACAUCAUGGCGUCCUCUGCCACCGACGGUGGCGUGUCGUCCGCGCCGACUGCUUCCACGACUUCGGCCGGGGUAGAUGACACCAUGGCCCCGAGUUCCGCAGACGGUGGCGUGGAGCCCCCGCCGACUGCUACUACGACUUCUGCCGGCGGAGAUGAGGCCAUGUUCUCGACCGCAGAAUGGCAUCAGGCUUGGCUGCGUGCCACUGAGUGUGACCCACGCGAUACAGCGUUUUUAUGUUUUGUUUCCAUGUGUCAGAGAUUCCUUCCCGUGGUUGUACGAGUGCGUGAUAGGCUUCGAGCCUCCUUGGUGUGA